UUUCACCCAAAAAACAAACCGAUAAAGAUAUAACUUAUAUUUAAAAGGAGCAAACAGCAUGCCGUAAGCACGCAAAUUCAAAUUUAAUUAAGAUAAAUCCUGAAGGUACAUGGGGAUGCAUGCAAGCUGCUGCAUGAAGGCAAUGUAUCUCAGGUUGUCGGUCGCUACUUAUUUCAUAAUUUAAAAAAAAAGUGAAUUUAGCUAUGUUAACGCGAUUUGUACAACCGAAAAAGCUGAACACAAUUGUAAAUGGGCUCCUUCAAGAAAAUGUAAAGAAGGAAAUAAGUUCUAGAAACCGUCGAUAAUUUGUAAGUGAAUGGAGCCCGUUGUGCGGGGUAGAUUUUGGUUUAUAUUUGUGACUGGGGGCUGCCUCUGAGGGAUUAUUUUAUGGGGGGUGGGGGUUACAGAAUGCUACGUCCUCCUCCCCCCCUUCUCCCUCUCUCCCGUUUUAGUCCAUUGUUGUGACUCUCGCGCACACAGAGCCCCGAGACGGACCGGCAGUAGGACGCUCGGAGCAGCUCUGCCGCGUAACUGGAGAGUUGCUAAUUGAGAUUUCGGCUGGAUGUGCUUGUGAAUGCUUUAAGUUCUCCGGGACGAACCAUUAGCGAGCAGACCAAGAGGGAGAGAGAGAGCAAGAGGAGUGAUCGGAACAGAGCAAACAACUGACAUCUGUUCCAUUGUCAGCGCUGCUACGGCUACGUUAUUUCUACACGCCGUAGACUGGAGCAUCACACGGACUCACACCUUGCACUGGAUAUGUUUUUUCACUUUUUUCUCGAAAAACACGAAAAUGUUUUCUUUCAAAGCACUUUCGUUUCAGGCACAGAAAAAAACCGCUACAAUACCCUGUGGUAAUUCUCUUCAAAUGGAUUUAGCACUUCGUUCCUUGUGAAUCAACUUUACAGCGGUCUUGGCUACGAGAACCUAAUCAAGAAGGUUGAAUUGGACUUUGAGCGGCGUUCCAAGGAUCGGACUCCCUGCUCGUCUUGCGGGCAUUGUUUCUGUUUUUAAUGGAUUUAUAGUUUUAUCCGAACAUAUUUACCCUCCAACCGGGAAGGCCAGAGGAUCACCAAAGAUCAUUUUGGGGCGAAUAACUGGAGAUAAGCCCUAAAUGGGGAUUCCGAUUUUGCGUUACCUUGGCGAGAAUUAGGAAGCCUAUCAUCGACAGCAGAAGAAAGGGUUACGAGCCACAGGGGUGUAAACCGAGCUUGCCAAUGCUAGGAGACGGCAUCUGAGGUUUAGUGAACACUGAAGGAGUCUCCUUCCCUCCCUCCCCCCUCUCCCUGUACUACAAGGCCUGCACUCACCACGUCUGCAAGAUGAUCACCUCCUGCCAGCUUUCUGUCCUUAUCUUGUGCCUGGUGCAUGGUGUCCUGUCCAAAUCGGUCCUGAAGGAAGAGAGCAGAAUCAAAGUGCACAGACCUCCGCGCCCCCUCCUUCAGCCGGGGUACCCCGAGAACGUGACGGCGCAGGCGGGGGGGCAGGUGAGGCUGCAGUGUAAGGCCCACAGGCCCGCCUCCACGCGCAUCCAGUGGUUCAAACGGGACGGGGGCCAACGGGGAGCCGACGGCCAGCCAAUCCUCCGGGCUCUGACGCCACUUCUCAGCAACGUCUCCAAAGUCAACGUUCUGUCUCUCGCCAACGUCACCGCAGAGGAUGCUGGGGAGUACGUCUGCAGGGCGCAGAACGCAGGGCUGCAGUCUGCGCAGUCCGCCUGGCUGCACGUCCUACCAGAGAGGCCCCCUCCCCCUCCCCCUCCCCCGAACCCGGGACCGGACGCGGCCAGCCAACGUCCUGCCGACGAGGACCAGGGGGAGGACGCGGUGGAGCACCUGCUGCUGGAGCCGGGGGACGUCCUGAAGCUGCGCUGUGACACAAACCGCCCUGGCGCCAUCCACUGGUACAAAGGGGAACUGCGGGUCACCCACAGCGCCCGCAUACAGAUCCGCUCCACCUUCAUGGAGAUCACCGACGUGACGUACGAGGACUCGGGCCUGUACGUCUGCGUCCUGAGGGGCACCAGGGAGCCUCUGAGGAACUUCUCCAUCACUGUGGCAGAUUCACUGGGAUCAGGUGAUGAGGAUGAUGAUGAAGACAACGGGUUGGAUGACACUUCAACUGAAAUGGAGAACGACCAGGUCUACUUCACCAGAGGGCCGUACUGGACGCACACGCAGCGCAUGGAGAAGAAGCUCUACGCCGUUCCCGCCGGCAACACCGUGAAGUUCCGCUGCCCCGCCAUGGGCGCCCCGCUGCCCGCCAUCCGCUGGCUGAAGAACGGGCGGGAGUUCCGCGGGGAGCACCGGAUCGGGGGCUACAAGCUCCGGCACCAGCACUGGAGCCUGGUGAUGGAGAGCGUGGUGCCGUCGGACCGGGGGAACUACACCUGCGUGGUGGAGAACAAGUACGGCUCCAUCGCCCACAGCUACCUGCUGGACGUGCUGGAGCGCUCCCCGCACCGGCCCAUCCUGCAGGCGGGCCUUCCUGCCAACGUCACGGCGGUGGUGGGAGGGGACGUGCAGUUCUUCUGCAAGGUGUACAGCGACGCGCAGCCCCACAUCCAGUGGCUCAAGCACAUCGAGAAGAACGGCAGCCGCUUCGGGCCCGACGGCAUCCCCUACGUCCAGAUCCUGAAGACCGGCAGCCUGAACAUGUCGGAGGUGGAGGUUCUGUACCUGACCAACGUCUCCAUGGGGGACGCGGGAGAGUACACCUGCCUGGCCGGGAACUCCAUCGGAUUCUCCUACCAGUCCGCCUGGCUCACCGUCCUGUCAGAGGAGGAAGUGGCGGAGGAAGUGGAUCUGAUGGAGACCAAGUACACGGACAUCAUCAUCUACGCGUCGGGGCUGGUGGCGCUGGUCAUGGCGGUGGUGAUCGUGGUCCUGUGCCGCAUGCAGGCCAGCGGCAGCCGCGAGGCCUUCGACGUUCUCCCCGUGCAGAAGCUGUCCAAGUUCCCCCUGCGCAGACAGUACUCCGUGGAGUCGGACUCCUCGGGGAAGUCCAGCGCCUCCCUCAUGCGGGUGGCCCGCCUCUCCUCCAGCUGCUCCCCCAUGCUGGCCGGGGUGCUGGAGUUCGAUCUGCCCUACGACCCCGACUGGGAGUUCCCCAGGAAGAAUUUGACCCUUGGGAAGCCGCUCGGGGAAGGCUGUUUUGGUCAGGUGGUGAGAGCAGAGGCUUAUGGGAUACAGAAGGACAGCGCUGAGCAGGUCUCCACGGUGGCGGUGAAGAUGUUGAAAGACGACGCCACGGACAAAGACCUGGCCGACCUCAUCUCUGAGAUGGAGCUCAUGAAGCUGAUGGACAAACACAAGAACAUCAUCAACCUCCUGGGCGUGUGCACACAGAACGGGCCGCUGUACGUGCUGGUGGAGUUCGCCUCCAAAGGCAGCCUGCGGGAGUACCUUCGCGCCCGCCGCCCCCCCGGCAUGGACUACACCUUCGACGUGACCAAGGUGCCCGAGGAGCAGCUCACCUUCAAGGACCUGCUGUCCUGCGCCUACCAGGUGGCACGGGGCAUGGAGUACCUGGCCUCCAGACGGUGCAUCCACAGAGAUCUGGCGGCGCGGAACGUUCUGGUGACGGAAGACAACGUGAUGAAGAUCGCUGACUUCGGCCUGGCGCGCGGGGUCCACCAGAUCGACUACUACAAGAAAACCACCAACGGCCGGCUUCCUGUGAAGUGGAUGGCGCCGGAGGCCUUGUUCGACAGAGUCUACACGCACCAGAGCGACGUGUGGUCUUUCGGGGUCCUGAUGUGGGAGAUUUUCACUCUGGGGGGGUCUCCGUACCCCGGGAUCCCGGUGGAGGAGCUCUUCAAGCUGCUGAAGGAGGGGCAUCGCAUGGACAAGCCCUCCAACUGCACACAUGAGCUGUACAUGAAGAUGAGGGAGUGCUGGCUGGCUGUGCCGACCCAGAGGCCCACCUUCAAACAGCUGGUGGAGGAGCUGGACAGAGUGCUGCUGGCCGUCUCAGACGAGUACCUGGACCUGUCCACGCCGUUCGAGCAGUACUCCCCGUCCUGCGAAGACUCCUCCAGCUCCUGCUCCUCGGACAACGACUCGGUCUUUACCCACGAUGCCACCUCCACCGACCCCUGUCUCCUCGGCUACCACGACGUACACUCCAGGAUGAAGACCUGAAAUCCGCGCGGAACUCAAGAUGGAGGUCACCAGGAGCCGCUGGCCUGGGGCAUUAUACGGGGGUGGGGGGGGGGAGUUUGCUUUAAAAAAUACGCGCAUGAAAAAAACAGGUACGGACCAUGUUGGUUCUGGCCCCGAUCCUAAGAACGACAUGUCUGCUCGGCACUGCAAACCCCGGCCGGUCCAGCAGCUGCCCUGUGCCUUCAGGUUCUUCUCAAUGAGGCCACACUCAGCUGUUUGGGCUUUGUUGCCAUGGGGAUGGACAGCCAAUGGGCCUCAAGUACAAACUUUUUCUGAACAAAUAGAGCAGCACCAGAUCUGGUACAAUGUAGAACCAGUAUUGAAAGAUGAAAAGAGAAAAUAUAUUUUGUUAUAAAAAAUAAAAAAAAAGUGAUGACAUUGUGAAAUAUAAAUAUAUAUAUAAGAUUAUUUUACAAUCUGGUAUUUAAAAAUUGUCUUAAAUCUCAGGAUCUCUUGUAUUAAGUUGCUAUAAUGGCGGUAAAGUGCCUGAAUUUUCCGAUUUCCUGUGAAUAUAUUAAAUAUUAAAAUAUUUCUAUGUACAUAUCACAAAGAGAAAAAAAAGGCAGUUAGCUUUUAUAAAUUAUUUUUAAUGGUAUGAGAUGAAUUGUUGGGGUGAGAAAUAAUGUAAUUCUGACCACAUGUCAUUGUACUGGAAGUAAUAUUCUUUAACUAUGCAUUUAAUAAUAAUAAAAUAAUUAUGAAUUGCA